AUGCCAGGGGGAGGCCAGCUGGCAGGCGCAGGUGGACGCCCAUCACAGCGAGCGGAGCCAAUCGAAGGCCAGCCCGACCACCAGUCCGACGACCCAAGUCCAGCUGGGCCAGCGGCAAACGAAACGAGGCGAGCCGUGACGGAAGGACGCGAGACGAGUCGAGAGCCAGACGAGUCGAGAGAACCAGACGAGUCGAGAGAACCAGACGAGUCGAGAGAUCCAGACGAGUCGGGAGAACCAGACGAGUCGAGUCGAGUCAGGAACCAGAUGACGGCGGCGACCGGGGAAGACUACGACACAGGGGUAAAGUAG